GCAUUUAUGUCAUCUGCUGAAAAUUAAACAAUUUCACGGAAAAAUUGUGUUUUCAAAAUUGUAAAAUGCAUGUGUGAUUCACUCACAAUGUCUUCGAAUCUACAGAAGAAGCCCUCGAAGGGCAUUCUUAAGACGUCGCGGAGCGUCGAUACUACCGACGGUACACCUUCGACAAGCAAACGAGCGAAGGAGCAGAGGUUUGAUGAGACAAAUAUCUUGGAGACCUUCCAUCCGGCGAAUAAAGAUUAUGGUCAUAUGAAGAUAGAUGAGCCUAAGACCCCUUAUUCGGAACCUGUGGACGGUGAAGCGGAUCAAGGAGAGGAGUUGGACGCGAAUAUUCUGGCUGCGAAACUGGCAGCCAGUAUGAACAAGCCGCCCAAGUGUAUGGACGGGGAUGAGGAUAUGGAGGACAGUGAAGAGGUGCGCCGGAAGAAGGCCGAGUUUGAAAAGAAAAGAAAAAUGCAUUACAAUGAAUUUCAGGCUCUACAACUGGCGCGGCAGCUGAUGGCAGAGGACGACGACGACGACGAGGGGGGCGCAGCGCCCGCACAGUCGCAGCCCUCCAACACCUGACUGCCACGACAGGCCAAUGUAUAUAUACACACACAUGCUCCAAGCUGCUCAUACCCUGGCUGGAACUACUGUCUUAUGGUUACAAUUACGUUCUGAUGUUUUCUGAUUGAAGUCUUUAUCAAAGGUAUCAUAGAAGCUGGCAAUAUAAUACUACUUGCGCUCUACCAUGGUGAAUGUCAAAAAAUCCCUCGCGGCACGGCAACUUCGCCGCGCGCGGCGCGAAUAUAUCGAGGGCCUCGACCAAUAGACGCAGCGAAUGCUAUCUACGUAGAGAGACGUCGUACGACAUUUGCUGCGUCUAUUGGUCGAUAUAAUUCGCACCACGCUUGCCUCGGUGUCCGUGCUAACCACGCUGGACAUACGAAAUAGACUUACAACUGGUUUAUUUUGACAGCUGUCAUUUACAACAUGCUAGUACAUAAAUAGAAUUGUAAUAAAUGUGUACCUAUAAAUUCUUGUUGCAGGUUAUUUUGAGGUUUAGCUCUCUACCUACAGUUUAAAAUUAUUCAACCUGUCAAUUUUUUCCAGUUUGUUUUCUGAUCACUUCGACACUGGCAGAACGGUCGUAAUCCUAAGCGCCCCAUUACUAUAACUUAAAAAAAAAGCUUAAAUAAAUAAUAAUUGAGUAUGUAAAGGCAAUGCUGAAUAUGUAUGGACGAAAUACCCAGAAUCGAGUUUGUAAUGAGUUAUAAAAUCAAUGAAAGUAACACUGAUUUAAUCCUUGGGAGUUAAGAAGUUAUGUAAAUAAAUAUACUCGAAAUGUAUGGUCCCAAUACCCAAAUCAUUGUCGAUUGUGGGGGUACUAUUACCAUUUGACGAGUUAUAACAAGUUCAAACCUCAUGUAUAAAUUGACGGAAUAGUCAAUUUUACUGACACUGAUUUAAUAACACAUUGGUACAGACUCCAGUACACACCAUCUAAGUUUAUUUUAAGUUAUACCUGUCAUUUUCUUAUCCGUCGAAAAGGAAAGGGACGGGCAAUAGACACGCAUAAAGUUUAUGUAACACGUCAAUAUUAGGCAGAAAAAACAACCCUUCCAAAAUAUUAUAUAGGCCAAUAACCCGACGGAAUUAAGUUGACAGCACACGUCAAACGGAUGGUACAUGAGCGAGAUGCCUAUUUGAUUCGCCCGGGUUAUUCAUUCAUUUUAAAAUUAACAGUCGUCAAUCAUCCCGACUCUUUCCUAUUCGGUGGAUAAGAAAAUGACGGGUAUAACUUAAAAUAAAAUUAGGAGGUGUCUGCAGGAAUCGGGGCCAAUUGGAGUCAUUGAUUACCACUACUUUCAGGUUGAUAGAUUAAUAUUACGUUUCUGGGUAUUUUUAGUAUUGUCGUUUCUAUUCAGUUGUACUUUUGCAAUGAAAAUUUAAUUACUGCAUUUAUGAUUUGGAGUUAACAUUGACAAACUUAAAGAUUAAAAAGAUAUGACCAAUUUAUGUUAAAUUACUAUAAUGGGGAUUAAAAAGGCCAUAUCAAAGCAAUUCAUCUAAAAAGCAGCAUUGCAAUUUGAUGCGCAAUGCAUACAAAUGUCAAAUAGCAUUAUUGAUUUUUUAGAUUUAGAUUGCAUGGAUUUGGCCUUUUCAACCCGCCAGGUUUCAAUUUAGAACAAUCGUCAAAGUAGGUACCUCUAAUUACAUACACAUACAUACAUAGACUCACGCCUAUUUCCCACCGGGGUAAGCACCUCUGAAAAAUAUAUUUUUUCGACUUCCAUUUCGUACCUAUUCCUUUUUUGUCUGGGAAUAUAAUUGGCAUAAUAUUUACAUGAGCAGGCUAUAUGUGUACUGGGCAAACACCUCACUUACCAGAAAAUGUGUGGACCAUACUCCACCUUACUACUUCAAUAAACAAAGACUUUUUGUAUGCAUAAAAUUGACUAUUUAGUGCCAAUGAUAUAAAAGUCUGCAUUUAACGGUACAUCCUGCCUUUAUUGGCUACAUAUUUAUUUAGCAUACACAGCGGCUUUACCAAAUACAUGUACUUUUCAUCAAUUACAAUGGUGAUGAUUCCAGUACAGUCAUGACCAAUAUAAUGUACCCACUUUAGGACUCUGUCGCACUAACACAUUUGACAUUUAGUGAGACUUACAGUAGUUACAGUUCAAUUUGUAAAAAAAGUUAAUGUGACAUGGUACCAAAGUGUAUACAUAUUAAUGUUCGCGACCGUAUGCUCGACACCAACUAAUUUUAAUUUUGUUAUACCUGUCUUUUUCUUAUUGAUAGAAAAGGAAAGGGACAGGCAAUCGACAGGCAUAAAAUUUAUGGUACACACGUCAGUUUUAGUCAAAAUUUUACAUUGACAAAUAACCCGACAGAAUUAAGUAGACAGCACAUGUUAAACAGGUUGAUGCCUAUUUUAUUUGCCCGGAUUAUUCAUUCAUUUAUUUUGAAAUUAACAGUUGUCAAUCAUCCGUCCUUUUCCUUUUCGGGGGAUAAGAAAAUGAUGGGUAUAACUUAAAAUAAAAUUAGGUGGUAUCUGCAGGAAUCGGGGCCAUUAUCUGUAUUGUUAUCUUAUCAUAUAGCAUAUACAUGCCGUAGUUUAUUCACCUAAUUACUGGUUACACAGAUAAUUACAAGCUGAUUAUUAUUAAAUUAUUUCGUGCGUAAUAAAAUUUACUUUUUAUUACUAGAGCCUCUAUUAUAUUGUAAUAUAGCACCAUUUAACGCUUGGAAAAUGUGUCGUUGCUUAUAAAGUAUGAAUAAUUGUUUGCUUGCUUCCAUAACUAGCCUUAGGACAACCAAGUUUGUACAAGUAUUUAAGAUGUCAGACUGUAAAAAAAUUGUCUGACUAAUUUAAAUGUUCGACAUUAUUGUCCUUUAAAAUUAUAUAGAGUAGUGUAAUACAGAGAGAGAUGUAUAGUGUCAUAAAUUUUAUAUUUUCUUCCUUUAAUUAGAGUAGGAAGAUGCUUCAUAAAAUGAGGAUUUUAAGAGACAUUUGUUCCAGCCCAGCCAAAUAAUGUCGCGAGGCUGGUACUUAAUAUGCCAUAGGCAUUAUGUGGUCCUGCAUUUGGCUGUAUAAUCAGUAGAUGUGACCGGACAUGAUAAUUAAACAUGCAUGAGUUGUAUGAAGGUUGUACCAAAGUGUUCUAAUAUUUGUGUGUUAACAAACUAAAUGGUGUGCAAAGAGAAUACAGAGUAUAAUGCUGGUCUUGGCGGACAGAACUUAAUUUUAUUUCAGUCUGAUAGUUCUAAAAUCAUGUUGUCUUUCACUUACGACGUGUAAAAGAAGGAGAUAGAGCUAGUUUUAGAACUGUCAAAGUCAAACUUAAAAUUAAAUUAAGGUCAGCCAGAAUCGGAAAAUUACGUAUGUAAUUUAAUUAAGUUUGAAUAAUGUGCAUAUAAGUGACAGCUUGGAGCCCCAAUGUUAAGAUUAUGUCAUCCACACUCGUCAUCUUUUGCAGUGCAUUUUUUUAUUCAAGUUUUAUUUUUUAGAUUUACAACUAAUCUGAUGACGUAAUUAAUCAAAAGCAUAAUGGAAGACUGUUGCAGAUAGAUGGAUAUCGGUAUCUUACAUCUAGACCCACUCUUAUCUACUUACUCACUCACGCUCACUCUGAAACCAACAUGAGCGAAUAGGCAAGAGGAUUACCUAGUCAAAUGAGAAACUUUUACUUCACUAGAAAGAUUUUUUACGGAAAUUCACACGUAGAUCACGACAUCAAUAGUCAAACGUCGUAACUCUGUUAUGUAAUUCUUAAUUUAAAAUUCGUAAAUCAGUCAAAAACAAAACUUGAGAUUGAUUUUUAAUCAUCUAAGACUGGCUUCUAUUUCUAGAGCAUUUUAUAAUUUAUCUUCGACCCGGUCAUCUAGCCUAUUACUCGCGUAUGGUUUGUUUUUCAAAUUAAUAUUAAUAAUACAUGGAAAUUAACCUUUAAUAUUCAGUUUAAUAUCAGAACAAGUAGCGAUAUCCUCUAUCAGCAUGUUAAGAAAAUGUUAAAACACUGCUGUAGCUUCUUUCUGUAGACGUACUCGAUUACUAUCUCAUUCGCAUUUUUUUUGUUAUAUGAUCAAAUCAUAAUGUCAUCUAAAGAUUACAAUUUUAUUUACUAACUUACAUUACUUCACUUACCUGUGAUGUGUAUUCGUCAGCUAUUGAAGAGAAUAAAUAAUUUAUAAAAUAUUUAAGCCUUAUUUAAAUCAAUUUAUGCCUAGUCUAUCGGACUGCUAUUAUUGUGAAUAAUUUCUGUGAAUUUGUGAGAUUUUUUUGGGUAUAAAUAAUAAGGCCAAUACCCAUUACGUAUUUUAUACAUUUUUGCCGUCUAAAUAAUCUGAGUGAAAUUGUCUUUUUUGAGUUGAAUAACGCCUGAAAGGUGACACAAAUAAGAAUUUAUAAAAACGCUUUUAGGUACGAAGUAAAGUAAAAUACAGGGCUUUUGUGGUAGUCGGGUAGAGUAGAAGUUGGAAUGAAUAGUUUUAUUUUUAAUCUUAUUUCGACAAACUGUGGACCUAUCCAUUGUGAUGCGAUUAUUUCUACGUCACGAUAUUCUCUUUUAAUGUUACAAUGACCACAUCUUAUAAUAGUGAUGAUAAAUAAUUAAAAAUGUUCUUUGUCAAAUUAACACAGAUUGUUGUAUUUCACAUAAGCGUUGGAAGUACUUUGUGUAAAGUGCUAGUAAUGAUCGCAAGUCCACAGACGUGUUCUUUGACUCAGUGGCCAAGUGUAUGAAGUUUUGAGGUCUUUACAAAUUGAUAAUUUCCAAUGUAGGAAAGCUGUGCAAAAAGAGUAGGGGUAUUGUAAAAAUCAAAAUCUGUAUUUUUUACUCUGGUAAUAUUAACGCAGCUGGUAGUGUUUGUGAUUGGCUCACAAUAUAUCAGUGUUGCCAUUGAGUAAAAAUUGCCAUAUUUUAAUUACUCUUCUUGCAUAAUUUUUAGUUGGCAAACAGUGGAAAACUAAUGAAGAUCGCAUUGUUAUAGUUAUAAUAUUGUCUACCUAGAUUGCUGUAUUUGCUAGAAGCAUAUUGCUAGAAUACAUUGCCAAGCUAUGAUAAGUAAGUAAAGGUUUAGAAACUAUACUCGCAUAAUAUUAAAAGGUCUUAGCUCUUACUUCCGGGAUUAUUUUAUGAAUGGCAACAUAGAUAAAAUUCGCGCUGUAAUGAUUCUGAAAUGGUCAAACUUCGAACUAGUUUCAACGUUUCAUGAAAUAGAUCCCUAGUAUAAGCCUGGUAUAACAAUUGCCACAUAUUUUAGCCUACCAAUACAAUAAAACUUCUAAACUAAAAUGUUCUCACAUUUAUAAGACAAUUUUUGGAACCUGUUUGCAUUUGACUAUACUAAAUAUUUGAUUAAGGCAAUAUUUCUGGACACGCGUAUUUUUUCUUAACUUUAUGAAGAAGGAAGCAAUAUAUUGUAAUUGUAUAAAAUAAUUUGCGCGUAUGACCAUGCAUUGGCCUUAUUCGAAAUUAAGUUACUAAUUCAAUUUGUAGAAGGUGUACAGAAUAAAGCGGCUUGUCCUAAAAUGUAUGUAAAUAGUAAAAAAAAUAAAGAUAUAUAAAUUGUGAA